CUUACUACUUGUUCUCCAUGGCACCCUAGGGAAAGAAGCCGGAAAAAACUCACAAAGCACUGGUUUUUAAAAUGAAUCUUAUUGUGAGGUUUCGGAGAAGCUUUCGAACACUUAUUGUUCUUUUAGCUACUUUUUGCUUGGUGAGCAUCCUCAUUUCUGCCUACUUCUUAUACUCUGGCUACAAACCGGAAAUGACACUGAUUGAAACUACUGCCGAAGCAGAAUGUGCUGACAUCAAAAUCCUCCCUUAUCGGUCCAUAGAGCUGAAAACCGCCAAGCCUAUUGACACGUCCAAAACCGACCCCACGAUCCUCCUCUUUGUAGAGAGUCAAUAUUCUCAGCUCGGUCAAGAUAUUAUAGCAAUCUUGGAGUCCAGCCGUUUUCAGUACCAGAUGGUCAUUGCUCCAGGCAAGGGAGACAUACCACCUCUUACCGAUAGUGGCAAAGGGAAAUACACGUUGAUUAUUUAUGAAAAUAUUUUGAAAUAUGUCAGCAUGGACUCAUGGAACCGGGAGCUAUUAGAAAAAUACUGUAUAGAAUACAGUGUUAGCAUAAUUGGUUUUCAUAAAGCCAACGAGAACAGCUUACCAACGACGCAACUGAAAGGUUUUCCUUUGAACUUAUUCAAUAAUCUAGCUCUGAAGGACUGCUCUGUGAACCCACAGUCUCCUCUGCUGCACAUUACCAAAGGCUCAAAGGUUGAAAGGGGACCUCUUCCUGGGGAAGACUGGACGAUUUUCCAAUAUAACCAUUCUACCUACCAGCCAGUGCUUUUAACGGAGUUACAGACAGAGAAACCCCUCCCUUUCUUGUCCAGCAAAACACUCUAUGCCACAAUAAUUCAGGAUCUGGGGCUCCAUGAUGGGAUCCAGCGUGUUCUAUUUGGUAACAACUUGAACUUUUGGCUACACAAGCUCAUCUUCAUAGACGCCAUCUCCUUCUUGUCAGGGAAGAGGCUGAGUUUGUCCUUGGACAGGUACAUCCUUGUGGACAUUGAUGACAUAUUUGUGGGGAAGGAGGGAACGAGGAUGAAUGUCAAAGAUGUGAAGGCAUUACUAGAGACUCAAAAUUUACUGCGCACUCAGGUUGCAAAUUUUACCUUCAACCUUGGAUUUUCAGGGAAGUUUUACCACACAGGGACCGAAGAGGAAGACGAAGGGGAUGACCUCCUGCUGGGGUCUGUGGAUGAGUUCUGGUGGUUUCCUCACAUGUGGAGUCACAUGCAGCCCCACCUCUUCCACAACGAGUCCUCUUUAGUGGAGCAGAUGAUUCUCAACAAAGAAUUUGCCCUGGAACAUGGAAUACCAACCAACCUGGGCUACGCAGUGGCCCCGCAUCACUCAGGGGUCUACCCGGUCCAUAUUCAGCUGUAUGCAGCAUGGAAGAAGGUCUGGGGUAUUCAGGUCACCAGCACUGAAGAGUAUCCACAUCUGAAACCUGCAAGAUACCGGAAGGGCUUCAUUCACAAUAGCAUCAUGGUCCUCCCUCGACAGACCUGUGGGCUGUUCACACACACUAUUUUCUACAAGGAGUAUCCAGGAGGACCCCAAGAAUUGGAUAAAAGUAUCAAGGGAGGUGAACUCUUCCUCACAAUCCUUCUAAACCCAAUCAGCAUCUUCAUGACGCAUCUCUCUAACUAUGGGAACGACCGUCUAGGCCUAUACACCUUUGUGAACUUGGCCAACUUUGUGCAUAGCUGGACCAACUUGAAACUGCAGACUUUGCCUCCAGUACAACUGGCCCACAAGUAUUUUGAGCUCUUCCCAGAGCAGAAAGACCCUCUUUGGCAGAACCCAUGCGACGAUAAACGACACAAAGACAUCUGGUCCAGGGAGAAAACUUGUGAUCACUUACCAAAAUUCCUUGUAAUUGGGCCUCAGAAAACAGGAACAACUGCACUUUAUUUAUUUCUUCUUAUGCAUCCUUCCAUCAUCAGCAAUCUCCCUAGCCCAAAAACCUUUGAAGAAGUUCAGUUUUUUAAUGGCAACAACUAUCACAAGGGGAUUGAGUGGUAUAUGGACUUUUUUCCUACACCUUCCAACAUUACCAAUGAUUUUCUAUUUGAAAAGAGUGCUAACUACUUCCACUCAGAAGAGGCUCCCAAGAGAGCUGCAUCUCUUGUUCCCAAAGCCAAGAUCAUUACUAUUCUCAUUGACCCCUCGGACAGGGCAUAUUCUUGGUACCAGCACCAACGAUCCCAUGAAGAUCCAGCUGCCCUGAGGUUCAAUUUCUAUGAAGUCAUCACAACAGGACCUUGGGCCCCCACUGAUUUAAAAACGUUACAGAGGAGGUGUCUGGUACCUGGGUGGUAUGCAGUGCACAUCGAAAGAUGGCUGACCUACUUUGCUACUUCACAGUUGCUAAUUAUUGAUGGACAACAGCUGAGAUCUGACCCAGCGACGGUGAUGGAUGAAGUCCAGAAGUUUCUACGAGUUACACCUCAUUAUAAUUACUCCGAAGCCCUAACGUUUGAUCCCCAAAAGGGCUUUUGGUGUCAGCUCCUGGAAGGAGGAAAGACCAAAUGCCUUGGGAAGAGUAAAGGAAGAAAAUACCCACCCAUGGAUCCAGAGGCCAGAACCUUCCUCUCCAAUUACUACCGGGACCACAACGUGGAGCUCUCGAAACUGCUGCACAGGCUGGGGCAGCCCCUGCCCUCGUGGCUCAGACAGGAGCUGCAGAAAGUGAGAUAG